UCCGCUCCCCGGAAGCACACAUGGUUGUUUUUGUUUUCCGCUGCCGUGGAGCUGCUGUCAAAACGGGGAAGCAGGAGGAGUAAAAAGCCCCGAGACCGGGACACGGACACCUCUCUGCGGGCCGAAGAGAAGCGACGGCCGGCGGCUGGUGUGGCAGCAUGGACAGCACGGCGCUGGAGCUCGACGCCGUCAAAUUCGCCAAAACAGCCGUCACCCACGACCAGGGUGGCAAAUACCACGAGGCCGUGUUUUACUACAAGGAGGCGGCCCAGGCCCUGAUAUAUGCCGGCACGGCGGGGUCCAAACUGGAGGGCAUCCAGGACAAAGUGAACGAGUACCUGGAUCGAGUCCAAGCCCUCCACAACGCCGUCCAGGCCCAGAAGAGCGACCCGCUGAAGACCCGGCAGCAGGUGGACCUGGAGCGAGCCCACUUCCUGGUGACGCAGGCCUUCAGGGACGACGAGAGGGGGAACCACGACGAGGCCGUCGAGCUGUACACUCAGGCUGUGGAGCUGUGCAUAGACACGUCCAACGAGACCUCGGACCCGGCGUUGCAGACAAAGCUGAAGCAGCUGGCCCGUCAAGCUUUAGACAGGGCAGAGGGUCUUAAGGAGUCCCAGUCCAGAUCAACUCCAACGGGGCCUCCUGAAGCCAAGCCCAACGCCGGUGCUGGUGCUGGUUCUGGUUCUGGUUCUGGUUCUGGUUCUGGUUCUGGUUCUGGUUCCGGGGGUCCGGUCCGCCAGUUUUUCCCCCUCGGGCCAGAGUUCAGCCUCCACGACCGACCGCCACCCCAGCCGGUCCGGGCGGUCCAGUCCAGCGAGCCCCAGGGUCAGCGCUACACGUCCGACGAGAUCGAGGUGCUCAGGAUCACGUCCACCAUCAACGGCAUCGCCUACGUGCCCUUCAUGAGCGUGGACCUCCGGGAGCGGUUCGCCUUCCCCGUCCCGUUCUCGGACAAGACGGGGAAACUGGCGCUGUCGCCCAAACAGAAAGCCAUCUUCUCCCGCUGGGUCCGUCCGGACGAGAUCUGCAACAACCCGACCAUGAUCAUGUCCGUGUCCAGCUUCAGCAUCAAACAGACGGUGGUGUCCGACUGCUCCUUCGUGGCGUCGCUCGCCAUCAGUGCGUCCUACGAGAGGCGCUACAGCAAGAAGCUCAUCACCAGCGUCAUCUACCCUCAGAACCGACGAGGGGAACCAGAGUACAACCCCUGUGGUAAAUACAUGGUGAAACUCCACAUCAACGGAGUUCCCAGGAAGGUGAUUAUAGACGACUACCUGCCGGUGGACCGUAACGGGGAGCUGCUGUGCUCCUACUCCAGCAACAGGAACGAGCUCUGGGUCUCCCUCAUAGAGAAGGCCUACAUGAAGGUGAUGGGAGGCUACGACUUCCCCGGCUCCAACUCGAACAUCGAUCUGCACGCGCUCACCGGCUGGAUCCCCGAACGCAUCGCGAUGCACUCGGACAAUCAGUCCUUCAGCAAGGACGACACGUUCCGCAUGCUCUUCCAGAGGUUUCACAGGGGCGACGUCCUCGUCACCACGGCGACGGGGGUGAUGACGGAGGAGGAAGGGGAGAGGUGGGGCUUGGUGCCGACGCACGCCUACGCUGUUCUCGACAUCAGGGAUCACAAGGGAACGCGUUUCCUGCAGCUGAAGAAUCCGUGGAGUCACCUGCGGUGGAAGGGCCGCUACAGCGAGCGAGACGAGAAGAACUGGACGCCUGAACUCCUCAAGUACCUCAACUUUGACCCCAAAACGGCGCAGAAGUUUGAUAACGGUGUUUUCUGGAUCUCCUGGGAGGACCUCUGUCAGUACUAUGACGUCAUCUACCUGAGCUGGAACCCCGCCCUGUUCAAAGAGUCCUCCUGUAUUCACAGUAGCUGGGAUGGAAAGCAGGGUCCAGUGAAGGACGUCUACAGUCUGGCCAACAAUCCCCAGUUCAAGCUGGAGGUCCAGUGUCCGACGGGGGGGGCCGCCGUGUGGGUGCUGCUCACCAGACACAUCACUGACAAGGAUGAUUUUGCACAAAACAGGGAGUUCAUCACUCUGGUCGUGUACCAGACGGACGGGAAGAAGGUUUACUACCCAGCCGACCCCCCUCCUUACAUCGACGGCAUCCGCAUCAACAGCCCUCACUACCUGACCAAGAUGAAGCUGACCAGUGCAGGAGCACACACCUUCACACUGGUGGUUUCCCAGUACGAGAAACAGAACACCAUCAACUACACACUGCGGGUUUACUCCGGAUGCAAGUUCACCUUCUCCAAGAUCCUGAAUCCCUUCACUCAAACCAAAAGGAUCAACGGCCAGUGGAAGGGGCCGAGCGCUGGCGGCUGUGGGAACUACAAGGACUCGUACAAACACAACCCCAUCUACCAGGUGAACCUGGAGAGGCCAGGGCCGCUGCUGGUGGAGCUCCGAGGAUCCAGGCAGUACAGCGUCGGCUUCGAGGUGGUGACGGUGUCGACGGUGGGGGACCCCGGCCCGGCUGCCCCCCAGAAGAGGAACAGUGGAGAUUACAGGUGUGGCUUCUGCUACAUGGAGGCGGACCACGUCCCAGCAGGCCUCUACAACGUCAUCCCCACCACCUUCCUGCCCAGACAGGAAGGACCCUUCUUCUUGGACUUUGCCAGCACCUCGGCCCUCAAGGUCUCCCAGCUCCAGUGAAGAUGGAGCGUGGGCUUCCUUGUUCUCAUGAGAUCACACUGAUUAUGUGACCGCAUCCUGGACUCAACAGGAAGUUACGGUGUUAAAAACGUCACAUUGUCACAAAGAAAUCAGACAGAAAUACAAUUCAGGGUCUUUCUACCUCUUUCUAUGGAAAGCCGUGAACACCAACUCGUGCUUCAGAUGCUCUCCACUGCAAAGCCUGAUGAUGAUGAUGAUGAUGAUCAUCAUCAUCAUCAGACCUGGUGACGUAGAUUUAAAAGGUCGUCAAUAAAACAGAGAAAGCUGUUUAAAAAGAGUCUGAGGAAGAAAACAGUUAAGAGUUCCUUUGAAAUCUCAGGAGCUGUGUGUGUGUGUGUGUGUGAACGUGAACCUUUUACAGAUAAAAACUUAUUUUAAUAAUUUCUCAUUUGUUACCGUCAAACACAUUUAUAUAUAUAUAUAUAUAGAA